AAAUAAGAAAAUAAGAAAAAUAGCCCUUAGUCCGUAGCAAGCAACAAAGAAAGGAAGGGGGUCUUAAUCUGACAUACUUUUGGAUCGGAAUCAAACUAAAAUUUCAGCGGGUGUAAGAUCUGGUAUGCUCCCUCCUCUUUGAUUCCUCUCAAGCUUCGUUCCUUCUCCUUCUCCUUCUCCUUCUCAACCUCACACAUGGAUCCCAACCAGUCUGUAGUUGAAAACUACGCAAAUCCAAGGACUUGUUUCUUUCAUGUUCUCUUCAAGGCUGCGGCUUUGGCAUUUUACAUUCUAUCGGCUCUCUUUAUUGAUAACUUUGUCAUCAUUUUUGUGGUGACUGUCCUUCUUGCUGCUCUUGAUUUUUGGGUAGUCAAGAAUGUAAGUGGAAGAAUUUUAGUUGGUAUGAGAUGGUGGAAUGAAAUCAAUGAUCUUGGUGAGAGUGUUUGGAAGUUUGAAUGCCUUGACCAAGAGUCAUUGGCUCGGAUGAACAAGAAAGAUUCAUGGCUUUUCUGGUGGACCCUUUACCUUGCGGCAGUUUUAUGGAUUAUGUUGGCAAUAUUCUCGCUCAUAAGGCUUCAGGCUGAUUAUCUCCUUGUUGUAGGAGUUUGUUUGACCCUCAGCAUUGCAAAUAUUGUUGGUUUUACCAAAUGCAAAAAAGAUGCUAAGAAGCAGAUUCAACAAUUUGCCUCUCAAACAAUUGCCUCUCGCUUCUCAUCUACUUUACAGUCAGCGUUCAGUGUUGUUUAAUUAUCAAUGCAAGUGGAACCAUGCAUUAUUAGAAAUAUUGAGAUGCGGUGGAGGUAUGUACAUGAUGAUUAUUUCGGCCGGCCUCAGACUGGAUCCUGACUACCUAUCAAACUUGCGUAGUUACUGAUACAAAAAAUGCAAAAUUUUGUACUUCUAUAAGAAAUGGCUUGAGUGAGACUGAUAAUCAGAUUACAUAGUUUUAGUUAAAGAGUUGUUUAUUUUCAUGUGUACAUUGUGUUCUUGUAUUCUUUUGCAUUAAUUGUCAAAGAUUUAUGUUCCAUGAUUGUUUGCUGCUUAUUUUCAUGCAAA